AUGAGAUCGUGGGGUGUAGAUUACUUGAAGUAUCUUCCUCGUCUUAACCACCCAAGAGAGAGAGUAGAGAUGGAUAUUCUUAUCGGAGAGACUGACAAUUACGAUGGCGUUACCGUAACCUUGGAGGAACCAAUGGAUGCUGAAGUUUUCACCCUACGGCUUCUCUUUUCCAUUGGAAACAAGAGGAAUUGUUUAGAUAUCAUCACGCAGAGCCUGAGUACGUGA